UUCCCAGAAUUCCGAGCGAGGCGCAUGCGCGCAACACCUGUGGCGGAACGAAACUCCCGCGCUGCCCUGAGUGGUGUGCAGUAAGUGUGAGUGUGGGUCAGUAAGUGUGAGUGUGGGUCAGUAAGUGUGAGUGCUGAAUGGAAUGCAAGAAUGGGGGCUCGGCUCCCUCCGAAGAAGAGGAGAUGGAAGGCACUGCGCCUCCCUCGGCCGCCUCUGCCCCUGAAGCAAUGCGCUCGUCGUUUGGAGAAAACGAAGGGAUGUCCGGCGAGGAGGAGGGGGAGGAGGAUGACGAAGGUAUAGGGGAGCAGCCCAGUGGGGGCGAGGCCGAAGAGCACAUGAUUAACCUGACUGACCUAAAUCCCUACAUUCUGUGCUCAAUCUGCAAAGGGUAUUUAAUCGAUGCCACAACAAUCACUGAAUGCCUUCAUACAUUUUGCAAAAGUUGUAUAGUAAAACAUUUUUAUUACACCAAUCGAUGUCCAAAGUGCAACAUUGUAGUUCAUCAGACACAACCACUUUACAAUAUCAGGCUGGACAGACAACUACAAGACAUUGUCUUCAAAUUAGUAGUCGAUUUAGAACAAAGAGAAAAAAACCAGAUGUAUGCAUUUUAUAAAGAAAGAGGCCUAGAUGUACCAAAGCAUAAUGUUCCACAGCCUAUUUCAAGUUCUCGUGCAAAACAGAAAAAAACAAUAGAACCAGUUUUCCGUAUCCCACCAGAGCUGGAUGUGUCGUUGCUCCUGGAAUUCAUGGGGGCUGAAAAAGGCACCGGAAGCUUUAAGCCUUUGGAAAAGAAAUACGUUCGUGUCUCAGGAGAAGCAACUAUUGGACAUGUCGAGAAAUUUCUAAGAAGGAAGAUGGAGCUUAACACAACGUGUCAGGUAGACAUUAUAUGUGGAGAUCACUUGCUGGAGCACUUUCAGACUCUGAAAGAAAUUCUUAGUGCUAUUGGUGAAAAAGCCAUUCAGGAUGGCUUACUUGUCCUUCACUUUGUCUUGGUUUUGUCUCCGCUUUCACUUACAUGAGGAGCCUUGCACUCACAGACGGCUUUAAUCAUGAGAAAUCUAUGAACGCCACAUUGUUACACAUUGCACCUUUCAAGCUACUAAAGAAGUGAUUUUUACUGAAGGAAAACUCCAGCUGUUCAGUAGAAAGAAGACUGCUUGCCUAUGGAGUAAUGGAUCCAUACAUGAAUAUCACCUGAAGAUGCUUUUUGUGUGUAAUGCACUGUAGGCUACUGAAUAGGAAAUGGGAUGUUGGUUACAAAUAUGAUUUCUCUAUAAUAUAUUCUAAAACAAUACUUGUUUGUAAAUAUUUGCCAGAUGUAAUCUGGAACAUGAAUGCAGACUUUAUAAUGCAGAUUCCUUUCUAUAUAUAAAAUCUCAAGAGAAGAUUUGUAAAUGAAAUGAUGCCUCUAAAAUUAAAAAAAAAAAAUAGCCUUUUUA